UGUAGUCCACUCUUUUUGUUCAUCUCUUAUUCAAAUAACUUUCACUGCACUUGACAUGGUUUGUAAUACAUAUGUGCUAUGAUACACAUCAUUAUAUGUGAGAUGUACAGAAGAUCGCUUGGGCUUUCUCCUGUCCAUGAUUGUCUGAAGAGCUGGCUUUCCUAUGAGCUGUUUAUAUAAUCUUUAGUUUAGCAGACAUGCUUUAAUGAGUUUGAACUUGGGCGUUGGUUUUGUGUGUGGCCCCAAACUGGUUUUUCUGGUGUCUCUCUAUGCAUUUUAUGUUAUCAUAUCUGCUUUAUGACUGCCUUCCUGUAUGUAUCUCCAAACGUAUGCAGCCUCUAAAAUGAGACAGUUGCAUAAAUGCUCGGGGGAAAUUGGAGCGUCUGCUGCAGAUUUCCAUUAGCUCCUAACGCCUGACUGCACGCAGCUUUCAAAGUGCCAGUGUUUUGUCACAUUCUUUUCUGUUAGUCUUUUUCUUGAGAUAAAAUGAACUCUUCCUCCUCUUCAUUUCACCUUUUUAAGAAGGAACACACAGAACUGUCUAUGGGAGCGAAUGGCCCUGCUCCACCUCCCUCCAUUACAUCAUUAAGUAGAAGAGAGCUAACGGAAGUGACCUUUGUGACCCUGUGACCCUGUGGGUGUGAGCAGUCUGUGGAGCAAACAUUCCCUGCCUAGCUGCAAGUGACCAGCCAGCGACCUUGGAUGUCACAGAUAUGGAAGAAAGCAGCAGUGUCACCAUGUUGGUGCCGGAUAUUGGGGAACAGGAAGCUGUGUUGACUGCUGAAGGCAUCCUCAGUCCCUCACUGGAAAUUGAUGAGCCACAAAAAGCUAAAACCGACCCUUUAAUCCAUGUCAUCCAGAAACUAAGCAAGAUAGUAGGGCAUGAAAAGUCCCAAAAAUGUCUUCUAAUUGGGAAAAAACGCUCACGUUCCAGUGCCACAGCAUGCUCUCUGGGAACCCCAGAAGACUGUGCGAUUCCAGCUAAAGUAGCUCAGUCAUCUGCAGCCAACACUGGGAAGGCUGAGCUGUCACCAGCUAACUCUCCCCCGGACACUCUGGCCCGAAACGACGGCAAGGCUAUGUCAUACCAGUGUAGCCUUUGUAAGUUUCUGUCUUCCUCUUUUUCUGUGCUGAGGGAUCACAUCAAGCAGCAUGGUCAGCAGAAUGAGGUGAUACUGAUGUGCUCAGAGUGCCAUAUUACAUCCAAAAGCCAGGAGGAACUUGAAGCCCACGUCGUCAAUGACCAUGACAAUGAUGCCAACAGUCACACCCAGUCCAAAGCCCCACCGUGCAGAGGCCCACCCAACCCCUUAUGUCAGAGAACCGCAGACAGACAGAAUGACAAGGCUGCUGACAUCCCAGUCAGUGUGGACAGUCCUCAAACUCACAGUGUCCAAAGCACAUCAGUGGCGGAGAUGGGCAGGAGAAAAUGGUACGCGUAUGAGCAGUACGGUAUGUACCGGUGCCUGUUCUGCAGUUACACCUGUGGCCAGCAGAGGAUGUUGAAAACACACGCCUGGAAGCAUGCAGGCGAAGUCGACUGCUCCUAUCCCAUCUUUGAGAACGAGAAUGAGCCCCUGGGCUUGCUGGAAUCUUCCGUGUCCACAGCACCAGGUGGCGUGGAUGCAGUGGUCAUCGCCAUUGGAGACAGUGAACUGAGCAUCCACAACGGGCCGUCAGUGCAAGUGCAGAUUUGCAGUUCAGAGCCAUUACCAUCUUCAUCUCCCUUGGAACCCAGCCAUUCAGUUACCCUCGACCCUAACGAGGAGGAGAUGCCGGAGGUGCUGUCUGACUCCGAGGAGCAUCUGAUGACCGACAGCCUCCUCUCAUCAGCCCAGAAGAUCAUCAGCAGCAGCCCAAAUAAGAAGGGCCACGUGAACGUGAUCGUGGAGCGGCUGCCGAGUGCCGAGGACACCCUGCCACAGAAGCAUUUCCUCAUGAGUGCUGAAAUGGAUGAGGGGAAGGACCUGAACCCUACAGAAGUUCAAGCAGGGGGUGGGGGAGCGGAUGGCAUUUACCAUGCUGAUAAGUGUGCAGUUGACCUCGGGGGAUUGAUCUUAGGCUGGAGCAGUCCUGAGAAGAAAGACACCGAGCUGGUAAGUAAAGCACUGGCCACUGACGAGAACGCCCCGCCCGGCCGCAGAAGGACAAAUUCGGAGUCUCUUAGGCUGCACUCGUUGGCUGCAGAAGCUCUGGUCACAAUGCCUAUAAGAGCUGCAGAACUGACAAGAGCCAGUCUCGGGCACUGUGGGGAUGUAAACCUUCUAGAUCCAGACACAGGACAGAGGCAAGUCGGUCGUCCAUUGGCGGCAUAUUCGAAAAUGAUGUCCCCACUUAAAAAUGCUUCGGAUGGACUAGCUAGCUUCAACCAAAGCACCUCUACCUUGGCGGCACUUCCGGAGGGUGGGCAGGAGCUGCCAGAUGGGCAGGUGAAGACAGGCAUCAGCAGGUCCCUGCUCACUGUGAUUGAAAAGCUGAGAGAAAGGACCGACCAAAACGCCUCAGAUGACGACAUUUUGAAAGAGCUGCAGGACAAUGCCCAGUGCCAGCCCAACAGUGACACGGGUCUGCUGGGAUCCAGUGUAGUAGAAUACAUCCCUGACGCCGAGAGGCCCUACCGCUGCCGCCUGUGUCACUACACAAGUGGUAACAAGGGCUACAUCAAACAGCACCUUCGUGUCCAUCGGCAGAGGCAGCCUUACCAGUGUCCCAUCUGUGAGCACAUCGCUGACAGCAGCAAAGACCUGGAGAGCCACAUGCUCAAGCACUGUAAGGCGAGGAUCUACCAGUGCAAGCAGUGUGAGGAGGCCUUUCACUAUAAGAGCCAGCUGAGGAGUCAUGAGCGAGAACAGCACAGCCUUCCAGACACCUUGUCAGUAGCAACUUCGAAUGAGCCGAGGAUGUCCAGUGAGGCAGCUGAGGGAAAAGGCAUUCAGGAAGGGAAUAAGUCCUCAGCCCAGAAGCAGUACAGAUGUGAUGUGUGCGACUACACGAGCACAACCUACGUUGGUGUCAGAAACCACAGGCGAAUCCACAACUCCGAUAAGCCGUACAGAUGUUCUUUAUGCGGGUACGUCUGUAGCCAUCCUCCUUCCUUGAAGUCACACAUGUGGAAGCAUGCGAGUGACCAGAAUUACAACUACGAGCAAGUCAACAAGGCAAUUAAUGAUGCAAUUUCACAGAGCAGCAGAGUUCUGGGGAAGUCCGCUGGGAAAACUCUGUUCAACAGCAGUGAAGAGAGAGCCGGUCCGGUGGGUGGAAGUUCAGAACACAUGGUGGUGUCCUCGGAGCUGACUUCCCAAGCCCCCGGUGAUGUCAUGGAUCCCACUGAGAAAGUGAAACUGAGCCCAACAAGCAAUACCUCAUCUAGUUUAGAAAAGGCCUCCAGUCUGGCCCCUCCCGGGAUGGAGUACUGUGUUUUACUCUUCUGUUGCUGCAUUUGCGGUUUUGAGUCAACCAGCAAAGAAAACCUCUUGGAUCACAUGAAAGAGCAUGAAGGCGAGAUUGUCAAUAUCAUCCUCAACAAAGACCCAGCCCAGCUCUGCCCACGGCCUAGCCCACCACACCACACACACAACCAGCGGGCGUGGCCAUGGAACCACACUUGCAAUGAGACAGCUUCCAAACAAAUAAGCAGUGAGGAUUCGUAAUAUUUUGAGGGAGGGGAGCAGGUCGAGGAGGCAGCAGAAAUGUAAUCCUGUGUUGACCUUGUGUGUUUAUGAUCACAGCUUAUUCCACUAGAAAUGAAGCAAACGUAGUGAUGAGUUACGAAGGGCUUUUCAGGAGUCUUCUGACACUUGUCAUUGAGCACCACUGUCCUCAGAGUGUCGCACUGUGUGCUCACUAGACAGGCCUCUGCUGGGAAGGGGCAGCUCAUAGAGGGGGUUCUGUUGUCACCAAGAGUGAACAAGGACACAAGUGCAGGGCUCCCCUAACCUCAUAGGAAUCUAUCUCACUCUUAACUUCGGGUGUGUCCUUACUCCCUGAAAAGGAAAAGUAGACAUUAAAGAAGUCAGAUAUUGUCCGAAAUUUAUAGCGACUCUCUUGUUGGCAAAGAAGGAAUUAAGUGAAUUCCUUCCAGACUCAAACCAAAUCUCAAGUUCAAGAAAUGGUGCACUCAAACAGUGCGCUUCUCAGAGGUUCUUUUCUGAGUGCUUGAAAGAACAGGGCACACUUCUCCAUAGUUACCUAUGCCCUCUAAUCCUCUGCUGAGUGAAACUCACUUGUUAUCUGAAACAGUCUUAAAGCAACCAAAUACGAAGAUUUGCAUUUUACCA